AUGCAAAAUGUAAGAUGUUAUUCAUGUGGAAAAUUGGGGCAUAUAAGUAGAAAUUGUGUGCAGAACGGUGCAAUGUUUAACAAGCAACCGAUUAAAUGUAAUAGAUGUGGAGGAGUUGGGCAUAGUAGUGAAAAAUGUUAUGUUCCGACGUAUCGUAUUAUUGGAAAUAAUCAAAAAACAUUUCAAUGUGAAAGAUGUGGAAAAAUGGGACAUGCUAAAGAGAAUUGUUAUGUAAGAGAACCGAUAAAUGGGGAAGCAUUUCCGGCAGUGAAAUACUUAGCACCGGCAUCUAAUGUAAUAAUGAUACAAAAUAGUGAUAUUUUGAAAGAAGGUAAAGAUGAAAUUAUGUGUUUUAAGUGCAGGAAGGAAGGACAUCGUGCUAUAGAAUGUCGAGAGUGGUGA